GUUAAACAGUCAGACAUUAACACAGCAACAGCAUGCUAAUUCAGAGGAUCUUCAGAAAGACCAGCGCCCACUGCACCUCAGGACAAUCACCAUCACACACUGAUUAUUGGUGUGAGCAGUGAGAAGCAGUGUGGAUAUAAUGGCUGUCACUCAGUCUGCACUAUGGGAGGCAUGCUGAGAGCUGCUGGAGCUGCUCCGUCCCUGAUAGACAGAAUAUCACAUGUUGGCUCAGCAUAGAGGACACUUCUUAACAUGCCACAGGAUUAAAAUACACAAUGAACACCUGCAGCCAGGAAACUUUUUGACUUCAGCAGCAUUUGAAGGUGGGUCAGCACCUCUGGCAGCAGCGACGGACUACAAUUCCCACAUGCCUCAGAUAGAAUGUUUCUCUGGGCAGGAAGUAAAGCAACAGAUGGAAGAAGUGAUCGCAGAUCCAUCUACCAGAAGAUUCGUGAGUAUGAGGUGCUGGACAAGAGGAAGACAGUGACAGCUCUGAGAGCAGGAGAGGACAGAGCCAUAUUGCUGGGCCUCAGCAUGAUCUUCUUCUCUGUUAUGAUGUACUUUGUCCUGGGAAUCACCAUACUGCGCUCCUACUCUGACAGUGUGUGGACCGAUGAGGCUAGCUGCACUAUUGUGAACUCCACCAUUAUGUGGGAUGUAAACUGUUCGUACAGCUGUGGAGCAGAGUGCUGGAAGGUUUCCCGUUACCCCUGUCUCCAGGUCUACGUCAGUCUCAACUCCUCAGGAAAGGUGGUUCGACUGCUGCACAAUGAGGAGACACAGGACAAUAACCCUGAGUGCUUCUACAUCCCAAAGUGCAGUAAGGACUAUGCAGCCACACAGGCCAUAGUUCAGAACAUUUCUGAGCGUCUCAGGUCUCAGCACACAGUUCAGUGUUUUGUAGACCCUACAGACAGGAUGGACAAUGCCAUUUUGACUCAGAUCUAUGGCCAGGUCGCCGUCUUCCACUCCCUGUUCUGGCCAACCUGCACCUUGAUCGGAGGAACCCUCAUCAUUGCCAUGGUGAAGCUGACCCAGUACUUAUCCAUUAUGUGUGAGCGGCUAAGCCGCAUCAAGAGGUGAAGGGUAGAAUGGCUGUAAGUUCAGAUGGGAGUUCCCAUUAUGUGGCCAUGGGGACAACUUAAACAACUUCAUGAAGCCAGCUGUGAUUAGUCUGUGACAGCUGGAAUGCUGAAAUGGGAUUGAAAAGAAAGUAGCAGUGACAAUCUAGGAGUAUAUAUUUCUGAGACAGGUAGACUGAUGCUGGUUUGCAGCUUGACAUGAGUAGGAUCUGUUGGUGGUUGAAGCUGAAGUAAUAAUUCACAUUGUGUCUGUAGAACAGUCUUUCAGUUUAUGAGAUAUAUGCAAAUACAUGCUUAUUCUGCAUUCACUUGCUGUUGAACAUUGUGGAAAAUACACUUAUUUGCUCUCUUUCCCUUUCUGUCCAGUGACCAUUAAAUAUAAAGCAACAGCCAGCAGUCAGUCAGCAUAACUUGCAGUGCAAACAGGGGGAAACAGCUAACCUGACCUUGUCCAAAGGUCUUCCAGCACCUGUGAAGCUCAUUAGUUAAUACAUUAUAUCUUUAAUCCAGGCAAGCUGUUACCACCUGUAUAGCUUCAUGUAGUAUACACAUUUGAGUUAUAUCACUCUACUCAUGUAACUCUUAGCAAGAAAGUAAAUGUGUACUCCUCAAAAUGUCAAAGCGGUUCUUUAAAGAUUGAUCUCCUUAAACUGUUGUUUGAUACCAAAAUUAUUUUAGGCCAUCUGGACCCACAUGAAACAAGCCUUUCUUUAAUGCUUUACUGAGUCCGUGUCUCAGGACGAGAGAAUUUGCAGUGUGGGACCAAUGUAAGGGAACUUUAUCUACCACUGCUCUGAUGUUUGAAAGUUUGUAUACUGUAUACUGACACUGUGAACUAUAAUUUAACUGAAAUUAACACAUUUGACACCAUAUCUCAGGAGUCAUUGUCUAAGUUGGCUUCUAAACCUACUACCUGCCUCCCUGACCUUUGACCAGCUAAACUGUUCAAAGAUCUAUGGGCAGUUUUGGGACCUAGAAUCCUAAAUAUUGUUUAUCAGUUACAUCUGGCAUCAUCCCCACUAGCUUUAAAACUACCAUGUUUAAAGCAUUUACAUAAGAAACCUCACCUUGAUCCAGGGUUGCUCAGUAAUUAUCAACCAGUGAUGUGAUCCAGAGAAUGACCAGGACUUGGUGGUAAAAGUCAGGAUAGCUCAACCUCUGCUGUUUAUUCUUUUCAGCUGUUGGUUUUUCAUUACAAGUUGAUUUGAUACAAUGUCUUUGAAUUUGUUUUGUAGAAACAAGUGAGACGGGUGCCUCUGAAUGGAUGUAAGAACAUAAAUUGUUCUUUAGCUCAAAAGAGUCAUAGUGGAAAAGCAAACAAAUAGUUAAAAUGGUUGAACUCAUUGGAAAGUAAGAUGAAUAGAGAGAUUUUCCAAUAACUCCAUCAAUUCUGCGUCACUCCAAUCCAUUUACCACAGUCUUUCUCUUUAAUUUCAUCUUGUCAUGCUGAAGCUGCAGGUGAGAGUACAGUAAACUACAGUAUUCUGCACAUGAUUACAGCUUCUUUAAACAAGGGAAGUGGCCUCCAAGAAGAAAACCAGUAAAGUCAAUUUUCUACUAAGGGACUUAAUUUAAGAUAUUCAAGAUUUACCCACAGCUUCACACAUUAGAACUACUACUAUCUGUGACUGAUCUGACCUUUUUUUCCAACAUGUUUUUUUUCAUUUGAAUGAUUUUACUAUCAAAUAAACAUAAUGUGCCUGUUA